AAUUGUCUGUCAGUCGUGUGAAAUCGGUCUUGCGACAACAACACAAAAAUCAUACAAACAAUUUUUUUUACAUUUUUUUUUCGUCAUUCGGUUUGAGGCGUGAUCUAUCUGCUUACAGAUUCAUUUUGAGACGACGGAAAAUACACUGUAUUUAUCAUUUUCGAAAGAAAAUAUAAAAAACCAUUGUGCAAUUUGUUUUUAAAUAUUAUUUAUCCAGUUCGUGUUUGUACACACCUUUAUUGUUUGUCACAUAAUUUGGAUUUAAUUUCAUUCAUUCGAAUUCGGUUUCGAUCCCACAGGCUAGAGACUUUUGGAAUUUGAGUCUUCUGUUCAACAUUUAAUUUCCAAUUCACCGCAAUAAAUAAAAAAAAAUUCAACAACGAUUAUGGCGUCAGAGACGGCAGAAUUUUAUAAAAACAAAAGCAUAUUCAUCACCGGUGGUACUGGAUUUUUGGGGAUUGCAUUGAUUGAAAAAUUAUUGCGAACCACACCCGAGGUUACAAAAAUUUAUUUGUUGAUGAGAGAAAAGCGUGGAAAGACAGUGGAGCAACGUUUGCAAGAUCUAAUAAAAAAUGAGGUGUUUGAAGUUUUGCUGAAAGAGCAAUCGAAGGAUAUUUUCAAGAAGUUGGUUCCGGUGCAGGGUGAUGUUGGAUUGGAAAAUUUGGGCAUUUCGGCUGCCGAUCGUCAAGUACUCGUCAACAAUGUGAAUGUAAUCAUCCAUUCAGCGGCCACAUUGGAUUUUCAUGAGCCAUUGAAGCCAACAGUCAACAUUAAUUUGCUUGGAACACGUCGUGUCACACAAUUGGCGAAAGAAAUCCGAAAUUUGGCUGCAUUUGUGCAUGUUUCAAGUGCGUAUGUUAACUCAUAUUUGGUUGAGUGUGAAGAGAAUUUGUAUCCAGCACCGGCCAAAGCCGAAACAAUCAUCGAAAUGAUCAAUACACUCAGUGAGGAUGAAUUGAAAUCAAAACAAGAUAGUAUUUUGGGUGAACAUCCAAACACCUAUACAUUUACAAAACAUUUAGCUGAACACGAAGUGGCACAAUGUGUCGAUAAAUUCCCAUGUGGUAUCGUUCGACCAAGCAUGAUUACUGGCGCUUGGAAGGAACCGGUUCCCGGCUGGACGAUUUCAAAGAAUGGACCUCAAGGUUUUCUAAUGGGCGCAUCAAAGGGAGUCAUUCGUCGUUUGCCCAUUGGAUCCGGCCUCAUUUAUGAUUACAUUCCGGUUGAUGUUGUUGUUAAUCAAGUGCUCGUCACUGGUUACUACGUAAAUGCAAAGCGAGAAAAUGAAGUGCAAAUUUUCCAUUGUACAUCGAGUACAACACAGCCGUUCAAAUGGGAGGGUGUUCAAGAUAAAAUCAAUGGUUACUUGCAUAAAUACCCAUUGAAAAGUGCAGUUUGGUAUCCCAACUUGAAGUUUAUGUCAAGUUUGUUUUUAUUCAAAAUAUCGGCCAUUCUCUUCCAUUUUGCGCCAGCCUAUGUACUUGACGGUGUUACACGGGUGGCUGGUGGCCGUCCAAUCCUUGUGCGAUUGCACAAAAAUGUCUGGAGCUCAUUGAAAUUACUUGAAAAAUUCAUUUUCACCGAAUGGAAAUUCCAUAAUAGUAAUACGAAAGCGGUGAUCAAGACACAAUCAUUAAUGGACAAAAAAUUAUACAACAUCGAUUUAACAACGCUCGAAUGGGAAGUGUACUUCAUCAAUUUGAUCAAUGGUGUUCGUCGUUAUCUGAGCAAGGAAGAUCCAAAAACAAUGGAAGCCGCACGUCGCAAAGAUAAAAUACUCUUGGCAUUGCAUGUUAUCUUGCAAUUGUCAUUGUACGGUUUGCUUUGGUGGUUGACCGCCAAAAUAAUUGGAUGCACAACCGCCCAAGUUGCACUUGUCGUACCACUUUACUACAUACUCUUCAGUUUCUUGUAAAAAAAAAAUUCUAAAUUACUAUUGCAAAGAAUUUAUUGCAAGGGACUAUGAAACAAUAUAUUCUAGCGAACAAAAAAAAAUAUUUGUUACAAUAAUUCUAUUUAAACACAAGUUAGAGAAACAACAGUGAAUAUUGACAUUUGAGUUAAUUUAAUAUAUUCCAUUUGGUAAGAAAUAAAACAUUGGGCUGAAGGAAAUUUAAUCGAUAAAU